ACGAUAUAUAAAUGGGGAAGAGCCAUAGCAAACCAGAGAUCUCAGAGAGAGAUAGGAACAUUUCUAAAAGAGGCAUGCUUAUACUCAAAGUGAGAGUCGAGCACGAGAGCAUUUGUGAAAAAGUUUCAUACCAAAGAGCUGCCUUGGAGAAGUAUUCAAAAGUUCAGAAUAGUCAUUUCAAAACAAGGAUUUUCCAAAUUUAUAGCUGAGUUAUUUCAUUAAAGAUUCAGCUGUAUAACUCGAACCCUGAGAAGAUAGGUAUCAAAGAUAUUGCUUGCAAGCAAGAAUAUGAUCGUUUGGAAGGAGAACUUGAAGAUCUUCUAAAGCAAGCUCAUAAAAUGACAAAAGUGAACGGACAUCAUCAAAUAAUUAAAGUUGACGACUCAGACCAAAACAAUGAUGGACAAUGAGUUAAAUUAGCGCUUGAGAAGAGUAUCCAGCAGCAAUCCGAAGAUAUCGAUGACCAAGUGUACUUUUCUGUCAAUGAAAAAUUAAGCAGAUACUCAUUCUCUAAAUGUUCUGAUCGCUAAUUAUGGCUCUAAACUUUAAAUAUCUUCAGGAUUUCCAAUUGUUAAAAAAUCUGAAGUCUCUACCUCUUGCUGAUGUAGUGAAAAUAACUGUGCACAAUAUAACCUCUAAAAACCUUUCUGCUGUCAGAGAUUUUCUUUGAAAAUCAUCUCUGAGAAGAUUGAGGAAAUUAAGUGUGUGGUCUUGUGAUCAUUUAUUAAUCAAUAAACGUAAAUAUCUCCAACAAAUUCUAAAUGCCAGCUAUAAAAUAAGAUCUGAAAUUUGCAUUUGAAGUGCAAAUAUAAAUCAAUCCUCAUUGAUGAAGCUCUUUUCUGCCUUCCGGAAUACAAAGAAAUUAUUCUUUCAGAAUUGCAAUAUUUCUAUGGAAACAGUGCCCAGCUUCGGCCAUUCUUUGGAUGGAAGUACAAUCAGAACAAUAACAUUGUUCAAUUGAACAAUAAAUGGAGUGAUAAGGACUAGAGAGUCUUUUGAUGGCUUCUCAAGGUUGAUAAAAGGACUCUCAAAGUCACAAGAUUUACAAAAAACUUUGAAAGAAUUUGAAGCACCAUAUUGUUUGAGUAAUCAAGCAAAGGCUACAAAAAUAUUUCAAGAACAUGGAUUUCACAAA